ACGAGGUUCACAGCCUCUCUCUCUCAAAGUCUCUCAACCCCUCUAAAAAGGUAAGGUAAGCAAACCCACACUGUCUACACCACCUUGGACCUUCACUAUCUAACCAUAGCACCAAAUUCCACAACCGUAUAAAACCCUUAUUGGGUGUUGUUAAUUCUUGUUUGUUUGUAUUGUUGGGUUUGGACUUUGGAAGAACAACAGCAAUGCCGUCACAGAAGCGAGGUGUGGAGGAGGAGGAAGAGGAGGAGGAGUUGGUAGAGGUGGAUGAUCCACUGGAACACGACCACAGUAACCAUGAACAACACCAAGAGGAACCACAAGAGUCUGAUCGAAGCCAUUCGUCCAGUAAUGGAGACAGCAAAGACGAAUUCGUUGUAGUGAAAUUGUCAGAUAUCCGCAAGGAAGUACAAUGCCCAAUCUGUCUAGGGAUCAUUCGGAAAACUCGAACAGUAAUGGAAUGCCUGCAUCGCUUCUGCAGGGAAUGCAUUGACAAAUCGAUGCGGCUUGGGAACAAUGAAUGCCCUGCCUGCCGAACACAUUGUGCUAGUCGUCGCUCCUUGAGAGAUGAUCCAAAGUAUGAUGCCUUAAUUUCAGCUUUGUAUCCAGAUAUUGACAAGUAUGAGGAAGAGGAAUUGGCUUUUCAUGAGGAGGAAAGGGCUCGCAAUAAGCAGAUACAAGCUUCUAUUGCCCAAACUUUUCGACGGCAAGCAGAAGCUCUGGGUAGGAAGCGGUCAACAGCUAAAGCCACAGCAGCUGCAUUUGUUAGGAGAUCAAGAGGCUAUCGAAAUGCUCAUUUGAGAGGAAGGAGAAACUAUCGAAAUGCUGCUGAAAGUCAAGGAUCUGAUGACAAUGAGGAUGCAAAUGUUAAUGAUGGAGGCAAAGAUUCAUCUUCUGCUGAUGAGCACACAGAAGUCAGACCCAAAAGAAGCAAGAGAUGGGGAGGAGUUCGAUUUUCUCUGCCUUCUCCAGCAGCUGCUAGUGCAGAUGGAGGUGGGGAUGAAAAUGAUUCUGAAGUAAACAGAGAAUCGAUAGGUGUGUCCGCUGGACUUGUUGGCAGUUCAGAAAGGCUUGCAUGGGGAAAAGGUGGCAUGCGGAGUCACACACGAUAUGGCAGUAUGAAUGGUGGAAAUGGUAAGAAUGCCCGGAACAGCCGCCUCUCAAAAUUGGCUGAGUAUCUGCGGAACUUAGAGGAAAAUGAUAAUGAGUUAACGAUCAACCUCAUGCUUGUUUCUUUCGAUGAACAAAGUAUACCGAGUUUGGAGAGGCCCUACCUUUGCUGCAAGCCUACCCUGUCAGUUAGACAACUGCGCAAGUAUGUUGCUGUCCAAACUGCAUCUCAAGAUGAUGAAGUUGUAUUAUAUUUGGUGAAUGAAUUGGAUUCCAAAAUCAACCCUGCAACCUCUUCGAGUGAAACACUGCCCAAGUCUCAUGUAAUUAAUCCAGGCAAAGAUAAGUUGAGAAUUUUAGGGGAGCAGGAAACCUUGGCAGGACUUAAAACAGGCAAUUUUGUACAUGGCUAUCUGCUUCUGGCAUACGAGAGAAAGCAGUGGCACUCAGAUUUUCUGAUGGGUUUGUCAUGAAGAACAAGGUCUCUCAUCUCUUGUUUACCAUGGUGUGGUAUAUAGUAUACUGACAAAUGGGAAUCUAGUUAGCUCCAAUAUUGUUAGUUUCAAUGCUAGCACUGCAAUAUGUAUCACAGAAAAAUGAAAAGCUUUUACGAGGUUGAAAAGUUCACAGAAAAUGAACAUGUUAGAAGCUAGAAAGUCCAUACUUAAAAAUUUGUUACCACUUUUGACAAGCAUCUAUAGCCUGCCUAACUGUGAUUAAUAUUUUUUAGGGUAAGUGAUUAUAAUCCAUUGAAUUGUAUGGUAUUUACUCAA